CGCCAACGAGGCUCCCGAGGCCAUCUUCGCCCGCGACCUGACUUCUCGCGCCACUAUCCCCAAGGCCACGACUUGGAACCCUCCCUCCUCCAUGGUCACCGGCCUUGACCAGGUUUGGAAGCAGACUAUGAAGGAGAACCCUGAUGGUCUUAAGGAUAAGAACUGGAUCAUCGACCAGCUCAUUGCCAACAAGGGUAACCUCAACUACUGCGUCCGCUGGAACACCAAUGCCCACAAGAGCACCGCCGCCAACCGCACUAAGAUCACCGCCGCUCUUCAGCGCUCUAUGCAGAAAUGGUUCGAUGUGCUCGUCGGCUUCGAGGGCUUCCCGCUCACCAAGCUGACCGUCAACACCGUUGGCUAUGCCGUUAAGAACAAGAACGUCAUCGAAGGCUCUACCUCCGGCCUCGAUAUCUACACCACUGCCGACGCCGAUGGUGUUCCCGAGUGCGAUGUUCGCUGCUACCGUGGCGCGCACCUCGACGACCCCAAUGGCAUCGGUUCGUGCCCCGGUGGCGAGAAGAGCCGCUACGAUAUCUCGCUCUGGCUUGAUGAGAGCCUCGAGGGUCAGAUGGGAGGCUUCGGAUACAACUGGGGCCAGGAGCUGGGCCCAGAUUAUGUCCUGAACAACCUCGACGCGGACAACAUCCACAUUCUCCUGCACGAGAUGGGUCACGGCUUUGGACUUUUGGACUUCUACGACUGGGUACCCCAGGGCCAGACUAACUUUGUCAUGAUGGCUGGCUCCGCUAUGGAGAUCACUGAGUUUGACGCGUGGAUGCUGAGGGAUUGGUACCGCAAGCUUAAGGCUGCUCGUGGCUGGUAGAUGGCCAGUCUGCGAGGCUU